ACUAUUGAUUUGUAUGGCUUUCUACUCUAAUAAAACAUUUUUUCCGAAACAAGCUUAAUUUAAAUAUUUGUCCGUGCCUCUGACUUAUAAACUAUGAGACUUGAAAAUGAAUAGUGAUACCAAUAAAACAACGACGGAAACAUCGUCUACGUGUGAAGUUUCCCAAACUAAUGUUGCUGAUUCCAAAUUUUUAAAAGAACAAAAUUAUUUAGAUAAAAAAAAGUUCUUCACCUGUGAAGUCUGUAAGAAAGGUUUUACGGCUAAGCAUCUACUUACAAGUCAUCGCUUUACUCAUGAAGUUAAUAAACCACAUAAAUGUAAAUUUUGUAAUAAAAGUUUUAUUUAUUCUUAUGAUCUUCGAACGCAUGUGAGAAGUCACACUGGCGAAAAACCUUUUACUUGCAAAGUUUGUAACAAAAGUUUUGCUACUAGAAUUUAUUUAAAAAAUCACGAAAAAAGAAACUUUUGUAAAAAUUUAUGUAAUCCUAAACCUUGCAUUUUCGAAAAUGGUUUAGAAGUUAAUUUGCAAAAUUACAUAGUUUGCGGCAAGAGUUAUGCAACUAAAACAAAUAUAAAAGAUAAUGAAAGCAGAAACAUCUGCGAUCCGUCUUAUUAUUGUACAAUUUGCAAUGAAAUUUUCAUUUCAAGAAAAGAAUUGAAAAAUCAUGUGUUUCGUCACGAAGCUAAGGUAAAACCGUAUGGUUGCAGAAUCUGCAACAAAGGAUUUAAAUCCAUAGACUAUUUACAAAGACAUGAGAGAACACACACUGGAGUCAAAAGAUUUGCGUGUGAUGUUUGCAACAGAAAGUUUGGUUAUUCACAUAAUGUAUUAAAACAUAAAUUGACCAUGCACACUAACAUUAAACCGCACAUUUGUCCGUUUUGUUCUAAAGCAUUCAGUGUAUUUGCUGGUCUUCGGGCGCAUUUACUCGUUCACACGGGAGAGCGUCCUUAUUCUUGCAAUGUUUGUAACAAGACUUUUAAGUUCCGAAAUAACCUCAACUCUCAUCACAGGUCUGCUCAUUCCGACGAGAAACCCUUUGUUUGUGAGAUCUGUGGGUUUAGAUGUAAGGUAAAGGGAAAUCUCUAUCCACAUAUGAAAACCCAUUUUAAUCCUAAUGAAUAUAAAGUAGACAAAUCUGCUGAUGAAAAUAAUCAAUCCAUAAUAUCUGUCGACAAAGGCACGAGUGAAGAAACUCAUUUAAUGAGCCGAACCAAGAAGAAAUUAUAUUUAUGCCAUGUUUGCCACAAAGAAUUUCGAUCUUCGAGCUCUUUAAAGACGCAUGAAGUCAUUCACACGGGAAUAAAACCUUUUAGGUGUGAUGUUUGCGACAAAAGUUUUGGUUACUUAUAUUCUCUGCGACAGCAUAACUUAACUCAGCACACUAACGUUCGUCACGAAUGUUCGAUUUGUGAUAAAACAUUCACUUUAGCUCAGACCCUUAAACGACAUUUAGUUAUACACACGGGAGAGAGGCCUUUCCUCUGCAAUCUCUGUAACUUGACUUUCAGAUUUAGAAAUAACCUCAGAUCUCACAUGAGAUCUAUUCAUUCAGAAAAUAGACCUCAUGUUUGUGAAAAGUGUGGCUACAGUUGUAAAAUUAAAGGGAAUCUUGACAAGCAUUUGAAAAUCCAUUCUGCUGAUAAAAAUGUAUAGAAAAUAACAUCCACAAUCGCUUAUCAGUUUUGAGAACCCUGUGCUAUCGACUGCUUUUCCGAGUUGUGACUGACGAUAAUAUUGGUCCUACUAACCGAUUUGCAAGAUUUUUAAUAUCGAGAAGCACUGUGCAUUAAUAUUUGACUGUAUCCCUAUAGCCGUAAUAGCUCAGGGGAUAGAGUGUUCCCCUUCUAAUG